CCGUUCCAAGGCAGCGAGAGAGGGGUGUGUGCGCGAGGGAGGGGGCAGGGAUCCCGGAUUUGGCACCAGGUCUAGGGAAGGCACCUCCUCCCCCUCAUGCUGAUCUGCGCCUUACCUGAAGUCCAGGGAGAGUCACAGCCAGCGGAAGGGCAAAACGCAGGGUGUCCCCGGGCACCGCUGGUGGGAAGCCCCUGCCCUGUGGCACAACCUGGUAGGCUAAGCUUUCCGCACGGCGCGCGGGGACCCCGAGUUAAAAGUUCUCGAAGGUCAGCUGGGGAAUGCGAUCCUCCCGAGGAUUUAGUGAGUAUUUUAAAAGCAAAAGACAGGUAAGGAGUGGACAUCCGCGGUCCUUCUCUGCCGAGUAGAGGAGCCCAUGCUCAAAGGUCACCCCGACCUGAGCCCUAGCAUCCCGAAAUAGAAUCGGGGAAAGUUUAAGGUCGGUCGCACACCGCUGCAAAGCCAAAAAGCUCACUUACUAGGGCGGGAGGGGGGAAGGGCCUGGGGCAAAGCACUUACGCCCCUCAUUUUGGGGGCGCGCUCUUGCCGGCGCCCCUGGCACGCAGCCGACCGCCCCUUCUCUGGGUGCGUGAGCGCGCGCACGCGGGUGUGCAUGGAACUGGGGGCGCAGGAGGCGCACCUCGCCCGCCCCGGUGUCGGUCGCCAGUCAGGUUGGGCAUUCUGUCGCCUCCGCCCCUCCUGGGCGUCCCCCGACUGGGCGCCCCCUGGGGGGCACUCUUGGUCCGGGUGGCCCUGGCGGUGCAAGGCGCCCGGCCCACGCCCGCAGGCAGCUCGGCGCUCAUUGUCUGCCCUGGCGGCGCGCUCCCCUCCCCCUCCCCCCUCCUUUUUCUCCUCCCCUCGAUCCCUCCUCCGCCGCCGCCGCCUCCUCCUCUUCACCUCCGCGCCCAGCUGCUCCCAGAGCGCAGUUCCGACCCACAGCCUGGCACCCUUCGGCGAGAGCUGUUUGUUUAGGGCUCGGAGCUAGGAGUCAGCUCAGAGCGGCGCCGGACCGUGGAUGGCCUUGACUGACGGCGGCUGGUGCCUGACAAAGCGCUUCGGGGCCGCGGCCGUGGACGCCGGCGACCCGGGGACCUUUCCAGCGCGGGAGCCGUCCACGCCUCCCUCCCCGAUCUCCUCAUCCUCGUCCUCCUGCUCCCGGGGCGGCGGCGGCGCCAGCCACUGCAGGACGCCACAGCUUGACCCGGAGGCGGUGGCGGGGCCUCCUGCUCACUCGCUGCUGCUCGGCCCUUACGCUUCGCACGCCUUCGGGGCUGCGCACGGACCUGCGGCGCCCGGGGUCGCGGGCCCCGGGAGCGCCCUGUCCAGCUGGGAGGACUUGUUGCUCUUCACCGACCUCGACCAGGCGGCGACAGCUAGCAAGCUGCUGUGGUCCAGCCGGGGCGCCAAGCUGAGCCCUUUCGCUCCUGAGCAGCCCGAGGAGAUGUACCAGACGCUGGCCGCGCUCUCCGGCCAGGGCCCGGCCGCCUACGACGGUGCAACCGGCAGCUUCGUGCACUCAGCAGCGGCCGCGGCUGCUGCUGCGGCCGCCAGCUCCCCGGUCUACGUGCCCACCACGCGCGUGGGCUCCAUGCUGCCCGGCCUGCCCUACCUGCAGGGUGCGGGCGGCGCCCCCUCCAACCACGCGGGCGGCCCGGGCGCGCACCCCGGCUGGCCCCAGGGGGCGGCCGACAGCCCUCCCUACGGCGGGGGCGGCGCGGCGGCCGGCGGGGCCCCGGGACCCGGCAGCGCCAGCUCGGCCGGGGCGCACGGCUCCGCGCGCUUCCCCUACUCGCCCAGCCCGCCCGGGGCCACCGGUGCUGCGCGGGAGCCCGGCGGCUACGCGGCGGCGGGCGGCGGGGGCGCUGGCGGCGUGAGCGGCGGUGGCGCGGGCGGGCUGGCGCCCAUGGGCGGCCGGGAGCACCAGUACAGCUCGCUGUCGGCCGCGCGGCCGUUGAACGGGACGUACCACCAUCACCACCACCACCACCACCACCCGAGCCCCUACUCGCCCUACAUGGGCGCGCCGCUGACGCCCGCCUGGCCGGCCGGACCCUUCGAGACCCCGGUGCUGCACAGCCUGCAGGGCCGCGCCGGAGGCCCGCUCCCGGUGCCGCGGGGGCCCAGCGCAGAGGUGCUGGAGGACCCGCACGAGGGCCGAGAGUGCGCCAACUGCGGCUCCUUCCAGACGCCGCUCUGGCGACGCGACGGCACCGGCCACUACCUGUGCAACGCCUGCGGCCUCUACAGCAAGAUGAACGGCCUCAGCCGACCCCUCAUCAAGCCGCAGAAGCGCGUGCCUUCGUCGAGGCGGCUCGGGCUGUCUUGUGCCAACUGCCACACCACCACCACCACCUUAUGGCGCAGGAACGCUGAGGGAGAACCCGUGUGCAACGCAUGUGGGCUCUACAUGAAACUCCACGGGGUGCCUCGACCGCUUGCUAUGAAAAAAGAGGGAAUUCAAACCAGGAAACGAAAACCUAAAAACAUAAAUAAGUCAAAGACCUGCUCUGGUAAUAGCAAUAGUUCCGUUCCUAUGACUCCAACUUCAGCCUCUUCUAACUCAGAUGACUGCAGCAAGAACGCAUCCCCUCCGACACAGCAGGCGGCCUCAAGGGCGGGAGCCCCAGUGAUGUCCAGCGCGGCCGAGGGCACCAACCCCGAGGGCAGUGAGCUCAAGUAUUCGGGUCAGGACGGGCUCUACAUUGGCGUCAGUAUGGCCUCGCCGGCCGAAGUCACGUCCUCCGUGCGGCAGGAUUCCUGGUGCGCUCUGGCCCUGGCCUGAGCUGCGCGGCUGGAGGCGGGGAGGCAGCACCCCGAUCCCCACGGUGGUGAUCACGCAGACUGAACAUUCCUCGGAUGCGGGAUUCAGUGCCUUUGCUUUGAAAGGGACCUACUCGCCGGGAGGCUCGCAAACACGGGAAAGGGCUCGUCCAGGCCCGAAGCGCCGGGGCCACCUCCAGCCGACCUGCAGCCCCGGGCCGGUGCCGGCCUCACCUGCUAAGGAGGAUGGAGAGUUUUAAGGAGCAGCUUCAUAUGUUUUGUCCCAAAUCAUGUGCUUCUUCUGAUCUGUUGGUUAUUCCAGAAUUUCUUCACACCUGCUCCCAAGCCAGCUUCAUGGAGACACCGUGGGAGGCCACAUUCGUGCAGGUCGUGGGGGCUGGGUCGGUUCCAGGGCCUCGUGGAGCGCACGGCUCAGUUUGCAAGGCCGCAUCUAACUCUAACUACACUGUGACUGACUUCCACGUUCAGCUCACGUGACCGCUGUGAGGCAGGUCGCCAUUUGUAAACAGGGUAGCAAACAAAAUAUUUUUCUUCCAUGUAUACAAUAAUUUUUUUAAAAAGUGCAAUUUGCGUUGCAGCAAUCAGUGUUAAAUCAUUUGCAUAAGAUUUAACAGCAUUUUUAUAAUGAAUGUAAACAUUUUAACUUAAUGGUACUUAAAAUAAUUUAAGAAACAAUGUUAACUUAGACAUUCUUAUGCUUCUUUUACAAACACAUCCCAUUUCUAAUAUUCCCAAUUGUUGAAGAAAACCGAUUUCAAGAACAAAUCUUCUCAGGAAAAAUUGCCUUUCUCCAUUUGUUAAGGAUUUUUAUACAAGAACCCCAUUGUACCCCCUCUUUGGACUGUGGAAUACAUGCUGGAAGAACUUUACUACCUAACGAAUAGCAUUUGUAAAUAUUCUGGGCAUCUGUAGACACUCGAAAGUUGUAUAGCGUGACUAACCCACAGGUUGGUUUACAUUCUUUUUUUUUUUUUUUUUUAAAUGGGAUGUCCUAUGGAAAACUGUCUCACCAGAGUUUUUAAAAUAAAAGGGUAUUGUUUUGUGUUC